AUUCGGUAACGAGUUCCCCGGGCGCAAGGCGUCUUUACUACUCUAUCUUGAGUUUGGCUGUGUACGCUAGCCACGCCCCGGUCAGGCUGUACUGUGUAGCUCGCUGGCAGUGCAGGCAAGCAUCCACACUCUGGAACAAUUGAGAUACGCCCAGCAUUGUGUCAAUCGAUAAAACACACAUAUGACGAGCCUUGACUGUGCCUCACUGCUGCCUGUACGACACUUAACGUGACUCACGACUUGUUCAAAAGCCAAAACGCAUCCUGUCAAGUUCCUCCGUCCCGAUGAGACCCAAACAGAGCGCAGGGAUAUAUCCACUGCCGAUGCAGGGCGGCACGAUAGCAGAAGUGUACGCGGCCGCCGGAGGGACAACAGGCGAAACCCCAGAUGCCUCUAACCUCGUAAAGGUCGAUCCCAAAGAAAUCGGCAUGUCUGUUGGACUGAAGCAGCUUUUCAGCGGUAAAGAGGACAAGAAAGGUCGCUUUCAGUGGCAGGCAACAAUUCCGGAAGACCUUCCCAAGCCUGCUGAGGAUGCCGAAUCGGCAAAAUGGGCGAUCAUUGUACGGAACGUCAGAGUAUUCCACGAUCCGAAGAAAGUUCUUUCGAUGCACUCCAUUGUCAUACAAAGUCCAUAUCUGAAAGAUCUACUCGCCGAAGUCCUGGCUGAAUAUCCGGGCGUGACGGCUCAUCUUGCACGACUUGAGUUCACUGGCCGAUUUGAACCGCUGAUUCAUCGUUGGUCUGAGUUGAAAAGCGCCAUUCAAGCAAUGAAAGACAAGCGUCUCGAGUCUCAGAAAUUGCCACAAACCAAUGGACACUCUUCGAAAGAGGUGGCGAUCGAUGCCGAAAAGUCUGAGGAUGCUUCGUCCGACGCACAAUCUUCAGCGCUCUCUAAAGACCCGGCCGAGCAUGAGACGAAUGGAAACGAUGACGCAAGCUUGGACGAACGAAUCAAACACGCGGAGCUCUUAUACGACCUUCUCUCUAAGGAAUUUGCGGACAUCAUUGAAUCGUCAGUGGACAUGAAAGAGAAGGGCGUCAUCACCUACGAACUUCUCUGGACUCUUUUCCAGCCCGGAAUGUUAGUCUACAGCAGGCAACAAGGCCAAGACCGCGUCUUCUCAUUAAGUUCAGCGAGAUACGGAGUAGACCGCGACAACAAUCCUGUCUAUUGGUUGAUGUGCGAAUACCAUGAUUGGGACGGAACGAAUUUCGGAACGAACAGACUCAACAUGGCCAUCGGGAUCUUCGAAGGCACGCGCUCGAUCACUAGUCUACAGACACUUCCCUGGGAUUCUCAUGGUCACAAAGCAGAUAUCUACACCAAGCUUGUUGAACGUGGCACUCGAGUCGAAGAGCUUGCUGGAUCCCACUACCGGAGCUAUCACGGCAUCGGAUGGCGAUUGAACAACAUGGGCCGAAAGGAGAGAUACAACAUCAAAGGCCGUAUCGUGAUCGAUACGCUAGGUUUUAAUCGAUUCAACCCUGAUAUGGCAGUCUAUGUUUCUACCUUGAACAGCUCGGCAAAAUCCAAACCUUCUUCCUGUCGUCGUAUCCUAACGCCUUCAGGAUUUAUCAGCCUUAAUCUUCCGCCAAUGCCCGGCAGUCCGGUCGACGACUAUGAUCCUGGAUAUGACUUGGAGGAUGGCGGCAUGCCUGUGGAUGGCUUCUUUGAGGACGAAACGAACGAGCGGCCCGCGAAGAAGCCGUUGACAGAUCAGCAAAAGCUUUUGUUAAGUCCAUUAGUCCGUGGCUACGCUUUGCAGGAGAAGCUUUGGUUGAAUUUCUUCGUCACUGCUGUGCAUGAUGUCACAUUCAACGAGCGCGCUUUUGAUAGCUUGGUCUUGCCCAAGAAUCAGAAAGAACUCAUCCUUGGUUUCACAUCGACACAGCAGGGUUAUCGGAGUCAAUUCGACGAUGUCAUCGAGGGCAAAGGUCGUGGUAUAAUUCUUUUGUUAUGCGGCCCGCCAGGAGUGGGCAAAACACUCACAGCAGAAUCCGUCGCCGAGGAAAUGAGAGUUCCUCUGUUCAUGAUCUCAUCCGGCGACCUCGGCCUAAGCCCCCGCCACAUCGAGAAACAAUUACAAGACAUCCUCGACAUGUGCACUCGGUGGAACGCAAUCCUGCUCCUCGACGAAGCCGACGUGUUCCUCGAAGAGCGCAGCCUCCACGAACUAGAGCGCAACAAGCUCGUGACGAUUUUCCUCCGAGUCCUCGAGUACUACGAGGGCAUCAUGUUCCUGACCACCAACCGCGUGGAGACCUUCGACGCCGCCUUCCAGAGCAGAAUCCACAUCAGUCUCGAAUACAAAGAACUCGACGCCAAGAGCCGCGAAUCCGUCUGGCAGAAUUUCCUGCGCCAACACGACAUCGCGCAAGCCGCCGCCCGCGAGAAACCUCCUCGACCCCUUGCGAGUGCUGCAAAAGCCAGCAGUAAGAGACUCGAUGCAGCGGCAGCCGACGGAGGAGGGGGAGAAGAGCAAUCCGCCGCGGCCCAGGAAGCUGCCAAAGCGCAACAUCUCAAACUCACGCUCCCCCAUGAAAUCACGGAGAGGGAUAUGGUAAAGCUCGCGGCGCUGAGUAUGAAUGGUCGCCAGAUUAAGAAUAUCCUCAAGACGGCGCAGCUUUUGGCGAGUCAGCGCGGCGAGGGGCUGAGCUACAAACAUAUCGACACCGUGAUGGAUGUCACGCAGCAUUUGCACAAUGCGAACCGGGAGAGUGCUGCGACGAAGUCUUCGCUUUUCUCUUGAGAAGGGUGAGAUGAAGAAGAUUUGUGAUGAGCAGCGACUUUCCUCUAAAAAUUGUGAUGAAGAGAGAAGGCUUGGAAAUUGUGAAAUGAGGUUAUGAGAAUUUUAUGAUAUGAUAAAUGAACUUGAAUGAAUCUCGUAUGCCCCCAGCCAGACUUCAGUCUCUAGUAGACUUGAACGAGCUCAAUAAUAACUGCAGUGCAAUGUCGAGUGAUAGAACAUCCUGACUCUAUCUAGACAGACGCAAAUGGGG